GCGUUCAGCAUCUCAGUCUUUCUGUUCUUCAAAUCUGCUUGCUUAGACACCUUCGUCCUGGAUAAUUUCUGUUUCUUGGUUUCUCAAUCGGUUCCGCAAUAGGUAGCGGUUCAGACCGCCAGCGCGUCGGGUAGUUGGGACGCGGUCUGGUUCUUCACUAGUAUCGCCUUUGCUCACAACAUUCUGCCAGUCCAAAUUUCUUCAUGACAUCGAAUGUCUUUAAAAAUCUUGCGCAAUUAUUAACGUCGGCCACUUCAGCCCUGAGAUCAGAGAAAUCUGGAUGGACUACCUUCCUAAUUGUUGUAAUCCAGCUCCUGGUCAUCGGACAGAUAUUCCGGGCGUGGAUCGGGCCUUUCAUCCUUAGGAAUGUCACGAAACGAGUGCAAGUACGCAGAGUUAGCCUGCGAUCCAUUCGUGGUGUAUACGUGCGUCUCGCGUCUAUGACCAUCAGGAUUGACCGGGUCGGCAUAUCCUUGCAUUCUUCGGCUGGUGCAACGAGGCGUUUCGCCUUCAAAGUUGAAGGCCUAUGCGUGGAGAUACACGAACUGAAAGUGUCCCAACCACCUCGGAAGCCUCUUUCAAGACGUCUCAGCAGGCUUCCAACCCUGGCUGAUUUCGCGCCUUCACCCAUGGCCAGACGCUUGUGGUCAGCAUACUCGGCUAUUUACGUGUUCUUGGAGCCGUAUGUACGACCAUUUAUUCGUUCGUUCUUCGUGACCUCCGCACGCAUCGUAAUAAGAUGCCUCCCUGUGUUGACUCAGGUAGUUGACUUCGAACUGGACCGAGCACUCUUAACAUUCACCACUCUGCCGGAGGCGCACGUGGCGAUUCGCAAUGUAACGCUAUCCGCCACUGUCGCGUUCAGCAACCUUGAGAGCGUAGUGGGGAUCGCGGAAGAAUCACCGCACCUUCGUCGUCGCCAACGUUUCUUGAGCAUGUCACAUCUGCGGAAUAGGUUUGCUGGGAGCGCAAGACGUGUGCUGGGACGCGCAUGGGGAAGCACACAGGGCACGGCAUCGUUCUCUCUCAAACUGCAUAAGGUGUCUGGAUUCGCAAGCCCGGACAAGUGGUUUCAACUCAAUCCAGAUGCAGCGAAUACAUCAUGGUACCCGGUUGCCUCGCAGUUUGCUUUUGUGACGCACUCCAGUCAUAGCGAUGACUUGUGCUUUGAUCUUCAGGACGUCGCCGAACUUUCUUCCUCGUUCGCGUUCGGACCGACGAAGAGAAUCAUAGAAGACCAUAGUGUUUCUUCUUCACUCAGGGUGUCAUCUAUCCAGGUUUCCACUGGCCCGCUUCAUCAUUUCCUUAGAGCGAUUGGAAACCUACGAAAGGCGUCGGAUAAGCACGUUACUUCGGGCCGUCGCUCGGAGCUGAGAUUCAAGAAAUCCGUGGUGUUCCGUGGUAACGAUUUAUCCACUCGCCGAUUGCGGCAUAUAGUCUACAAAUUCGCAUUAUUUCGUUCUAUAGAUUUGUCUGUAAAGGAUAUUUCCGUGCAUCAUAUAAUUCAAGGCAAGGAUGGUCUUCGCCCGCGAUAUUUCACUGGGCACAUUCGUAGCCUCGCAGUGUCCCUCGAACUAGGAGAACCAGAGAGGCAUUUCUUGCAUAAGGAUUUUCUUGGAAACUGUCCCGAUAGAAAUUCGGACCUCGAUGCAGAAGUUGUAUCGUAUUCUUGUGUUGCAAAGGAUAUGACGGUUUACAGACGAAGCACUGGAGAACACCAACCGUCUUCGAGGGUUAUUUCAAUCAGUUCAAUUAGUCUACAGGGUUUCGUCACUCAGUGGACGCGUUUGAAUAUGCCGACGACUCAUAUCUUUCCUGGCGACCCGAAUGAUGCACUUCUGGUCAUCCGGCUAGGUGUCGUUGCUCCGCAAUUCAGUGAAAGAGUCGACGUUGUCGUUGAUGUACUCGAGCACUUGCGGCACUCGAGAGCAACUCCAACUACGUCUCGUGAACCUUUACGCAUCCUACAUCACGUACCUCGUCUGAAAGUCGAGGUCGCGGUAGACGACGUUGCCGCCUGCCUUACUCCCGCAGAACAUGACGGAAUCUCAUUGUCGUCUUUGAUCCUCAGCAGCACGCAGUGCGUCAUCUCCAUGUCAACGUACUUCAAACAUUUUCCACUUGCCAAGUCGUCUUUGGCCGAACUUCAGGAGCCGAACUAUGUUCCGUUAGAGAUGGAAAUCACAGCGCAAUCAGUAUUAGGCCCGGCAUUCGUUAUGGUCCUCCCUAAACCUUUCUCUUUGGAUACCUCGUCAAACCAAACGACGGACAGCAGGGGCUCAUUUCGAUUUAGUGGCGAUCCCCUAUUAUCACUUAGCGCCUUUGAGUUCACGACAUCCGGACAGACCUUAGGCGGUAUGAUCGACGAGACCGAUGAAGUCGUCCUUGAUGUGGAUUCCACUAUGUUUGACGUGAAAUGUAUAACGGACGCCGUAUCGAUUGAGCUAUGGCAGCCUUCUGCAAUAUUCUCUCUCAAGAGUAUGCUCGAGUCCGGUCGCUCGCUUUCGAAUCAAUCCAAUACGGAAAAUGGUCUCCUCCAAAAACUUCCCAGCGGCAUUACUGCACACUUUGCCGUUGGGCAGAUUGGCAUCAUUCUAACAGGAAAAGAUAUGAAUCCGGAUGAGGACCUUGAUUUGUCCCGAGGAAUAGCCGUGAAAACGCGAUUCGCGUUGCAGUAUUGUUCUUUACAUGAUCGAAAGUACUUCACACGAAUCCCGAAGAGAUUUGCCCACACUCAUGACAGGCAGCGACUCUAUCUCUCAGACGACCUACUUAUGGAGGCUAUUUCCACUUCGAGCGUCUCAAAGGAUGCAAGAAAGUUCGUACUUUUUGGAUGCAUAUUGCGUGACACGAUCUUCCGGACUUGUGUUGCAACAGAAUUUGCGGCUGAUCACGCCUACGAAGCCAACGACGAGCCUGAUGAGCUGAAGACAUCGGAAUUUAUCUGGUGCAAGCGUGUGGAAAUGAAUGCUUCCUGCAGGUAUACAGAGGAUGGAUGUAAUCCUGCGCAUGAACAUAUCCACGUAAUUACAAGGAUUCCCAAUAUUCAGUCGCGCUUUCAACUUUUCCAUGCAUACUGCACGUUACUUGCUCUGAGUACAGUGCGGUCACUUGCCCAGUCACGUCAAAGGAGUGUUAGGCAAAAACGCACGGAUAUAUCUUCUUCUUUCAAAGUUACCGUAACUACUUUACAAGUGGUUGUGACGAUGCCACUUGAGGAGCAAGCAUGUAUUAGGAUCAAUGGCUUGAACGUGGGUGCUUCUGAGCCUGGAGAAGUGACUUCUGGAUUUGGGACACUCUUUCUAUGGGUUCCAACGUUGCAGGAAGACGGUAAAUGGGAAGAGUUGAUUCGGCUUCAUUCUUGGAAAUUAGCGUACCAUCGACCGCCUUCAGGAGAUAUGGAAUUUAUCCUAGAAGGCAAGGGUGGACGCCUACGUAUUCCUCAUGGAUAUAUCCUGGCUGAGCUAAUAUUGAAUAUCAACCUCUUCGGCAAAUGUGUAAAACACCUUUUGGCUACCGUCCAUUCUGGAGAGUUUCGACCCAUGUCAGCUCCUUCUGCUGAAGACGCGAAAGUCGUUCCUGCAAUAACUGUGAAGUUAGGGAGCCUCUCUUUGGAAGCUGCAGACGAUCCCCUGGAGUCCAAAUUAGGUCUUAUUUGGAGAGCAGGGUUUGAGGCAGCUCGAUCGCGGCUGGAGCGAGAUGAGGCUUUCCAGGAAAAAGUGACUACAAUCCGCGCGGCCGAAGCCGAGCAGACCAAUCUACUAGAUUCGGAGGGUCGUUUUACCCCUCAUCACACUGUAUCAAUCGAAGAAGCCCGCGAACGUUUGUUGCUUGUUCAUUCACUCUCGUGGGUUUCACUUUAUCGGGAAUAUUGUGACGAACAACAGAGGAACGAAACAAGCCUCAGGAGAGAGAUCCGUGGCGAGCAUUACCGCCUCUUUGACUUUGAUGUCCCACCUCUAGUCCCACUGGCGCCGUCGCCGAAAACUCCUCCGCUAAUUCGUUUCGCUGCAACGGGUGUAUCUGUCAACUUCUCACAACCCGCGUUCCCUGCAGAUGACUUGUCAGGCUAUCUCCAGGAUCUGGGUAAUGGCGUUCCCCGUGAUACUCAGUUCUCAUUACUAGUGCCGCUCCAUCUCCACAUAAGCUUAGGUGCCACAUGCGUGACACUAAGGGAUUAUCCUUUACCACUGCUUAAUAUUGUCCAGGAAUCACCUACGGAGACUGUGGCAUGGGUGGUCGAUAUGGACCUAGUCGUUGCGGAGGAGAUGGGAACUCCUACAUCCGUGGCUUGGAAGGACUGUCCGAUUGUUCCUGCAAAUUCAGGUAGCACGGGCGCAAAAUCUUUGGCGCUGUCCGUCCCGAAGACCACUAUGCCCGUGAAAACAUAUGCAACCCCAAUCGUCAACGUUUUAACAAAUCAGGUCACAGAGUUUUGCUGGGGAAACAGUUAUGCUCCUGCAAUACAGGAUGUCAUGAGAAUCAUUGAUACGCUCACCACACCUCCUCCUGAUCCGUCCCCUUCGUUAGGAUUUUGGGACAAGAUGCGGUUAGUGCUGCACUGGCGUGCGGAAUUCAAGUUUGCGAGCGAAGUUCGUCUUAAUCUUAAAGGUUCUCGCGAUCCUUAUGCUACAGAUGGGGUCGGCGCGGGCUUUGCUUUCUGCUGGCUCGGGAACACUAGGAUGACGAUCGGCCAACCGAAUCCGGACAAAGAAGUCUUACAGGUCCAUAGUGAUGCAAUGCUCAUUGUUAUCCCAAUCUUUAUGAAACGCUCUCCCAAUGAGGUCAUCGGGGAGGGCAUUUCCCCUCAUUCCGCGCGAGGACCACUGAGCCUUAACCAGGGCUUGGAAGGAAGACGCAAAUUGUUCAGGAAAAUUUGUGCGAAUUUCUCGUCGGGUAUUAAAUGGGGAAUAGGCAUCGUGCUAGAGCGUUCGUGUGGAAACCUGUGCCCCGAUUGUCAUGGAAUGGGUACCUGCCGUUUGUUCAGUUUUCGUCCUCACCAUGAAGUCACGUUGGAACCAAAGUCCGUCAUACCUACUGAAAAUACUCCCGAUGACUCCUUCAAUGGAUUCCGCUCUGACUUCAUCCAUUUCUCGACCUCGCUGUCCUCCUCGAUCAACAAUAAGGUUUCACCCGGGAAAGUGGACUCGAGUAGUUUUCACCUUUCUCCAAAAAUGUUUGCCCAUUUUUGGUCAUGGUGGGCGCUGUUUGACCGUUCCCUUUCGAUUGCUAUCCGUCAAGGCGCGCUAUUCCCUCGAGCACGUCCACCUUCAAAGAAGUUUACUCGACAUCUGGCAACUAUCAAAUAUCGCCUUGCUAUUCAACGCCUGUUUAUAUCCCACAUCUACAUGGAUGACUCUAGGGAAAGCUGGUCCGAAGGUGUCACCCACUGUGUCGGAGUAAAGGCUUUAGUAAAUAGCUUUGAGGCCGAUAUGCACCAGCGAGAACAAGAAGCUACGGUCACUGGUAUAGUACUGAAUACAACGAAGAAGAUCCGUCACAAACCAUUCUACGCUGCUGAGGUAAAGCUCAUCGACGCUCAAAUGCGCGCCAUUCUAGCGACGUUUGUCGAUCCAUCGAAGCGUUUAGUCGAUGACCAGGACGCCCUCGGAGAAAGUAAAUACAGGGAUGUUAGAUCUGACGAAUCUGUUAGCAAACUCCGUGGCUUCUGGUUUGACCUGGAUGACUUUGUGGAGACGGAUUGGAAGCCUACAGAGGAAAAUCCGCGUUGUCAUAUGAUACCGAUUGCUUCUUGUCCUCGUUUCACGUACUUCAAACGCGCAAGUCGACCACACCACGACUCGCAUCAACGCACGCUAGAGAGUAGCCGAUUUGGAAACGAAGAUACGCACGUCUGUCUCAUGGGGAAGGAGCCAUCGGUGCAAACCUCGCAAGCUCAGAUUGUUCAAGAGAGGUUAUCCGUGUUGCAACAACAUCUUUCAUCCCUGCGAAGUUCCGCAAGUGAAAGCAAAGCCUCGUCCAGCCUUUCUGACUUUGAUGUGAGAUAUCCUCCAUUUAAUCAAACGUGUAGACCUUCAUUACUGUUUCAGGCUAAGUGCCACGCCCUGGAGAAGAAAAUACGUCAACUAGAGAGACAUAUUGUUCAGCUCCAAGAGUCAGAUGAACGUACAUCUCCCCAGCAUGAACAAACUGGGGAGUAUGCGAAGUACUUAAUGCCUUCGGAUAUCACGAUUCCCCUAGACUGGACGGAAUUUGACAACGUCUACCAAGCACAUUGCCCCAAAUUCAGCCUGAACAACUCGACGAGGGAUAUUCUUAUUCAAUAUUAUUACUGUUCACGAGUUCGUCGAGGUAUUGAAUAUCACAUGGCUACCCGGGCCGUAAAAUAUAUCCGAGAUCAGGUCGAUGCUUAUUCUCGGGCUUCUGUUGAUUCCGGCAAUAUGAGAAGGCCUAAGAAUCCGACUGGUCUAGCCGCUCAAGUUGCCGCGCAGGCAAUAAGGAAAAUUCUAAUUGGCAAUGAGAAUGAAAGCCCGAACAUCCGUUCGUCUGAAGCUACUGAUGCAGAUGACUACGAUCGGUUUGAUCCAAUGGAUGGAUGGUCAACUGAUUCAGUCUCUCAGAAUAAGAGUCAUUUCUGUCUCCUGCUCAAGCCUCAAGUGGUGCUGCGUAGUGAAACUGCAAAGGAAUCCGUUGUAGUCCUAGCGGCUCUACAAGCAACGCUUCAAAGCCAUGCCAUAUUAGACACGGGCAACAUAGAUGAUCCUGUCAGCGGUCGUGUCAUGACAAGGAGUCAUGCGGUGCUAUCGGGCAUCCAAACGUUCUGCCCAACCGCUACAUGUCCAUCGCGACAUGAAGGUGUUCCCCUUGAGGUCCUCAUAGAUCUGCGCGCUGAAAGUAGUGACUUUGAUCGUAUGAUGCCUCAGACAAAUGCGACUUUCCGCUAUGACAAGUUCAACAGGUUGCGCCUACGCAACAAUGUGACUUCCGUUGUCCCAAACUCUACCGACGAGCUAAAUAGUCAUUUGCAACAUCAGACCGACCUCAUCGAUGUCCGGGUACCCCGAUUCACUGUAUCCGCAAAUUCAAAGAAUUUUGCAUCCUUACAAGAUAUUAUCACUAAUCUACUCCUACACUCUGAUGCUGCACACAAAUUGCGAUCGAGCAAAGUCGAGACCCUGCUUUUCAGUUACGAUUUCACGGACCUCCUUGCUGCGGCCGAUGUCGUCGAAGAUCUUCAGUCCCGCUUGCGUCGUGUGACCGAACACGAGCAGACUUUGGAGGCGGUUCUUCAAGACGAUGACGAACAAGGACAUCUGGAGCUGAUGAAAAUCAAAGCACAUGUCUUUCUACUUUCAGAAGAGCUCAAUUUAAUUUUCGACGCUAUCAAUCUCGCUCAGGAAAAGGCAGAUGACAAGCACAGUGACACGAAGAUGGCUCUUAAAGUACAUGCAUCAGCUCGUGAUAUCUCUUGGGGCAUGGUCGAUGAAGCCAGCGAAAUGAUAGCGAAGCUUGCUGUCCGAGGUAUUGAUUUUACUUGGCUCAGCCGCCAAGACGGAUCUACCGUGAACAAUCUUAUCAUAAUGGACCUUCAGGCUUUCGACGGAUCACCGGACGCACAGUGGCCAGAAAUUCUAUCCAAGUAUCGUGAGCCGUCAAACCAUAGUCUCGUAAAGCGCGGCGUCUUCGUUCAGGCAGACUGGAUAGUACUUGCACCCGUAGGAGGUAUAACGAUCUACGAGCAGUUCAUCCUUGAUUUACACCCGAUGCGUCUUCAGUUAGAAGCGCGAAUCGGGAAGAGCAUAAUGGAAUAUGUUUGGCCAGCAAGACGGGACCGGAGACGAGUAAGGUAUUCUCCACAGAAUUCUGAGGAUCUUGCAACUGUUUCGGGUCCAGCGAUCCAACAGAGGAAAUUGCAACGUUCAUCCACGGCGGUCAAAGGGCGGGCCUCAUUGGAUUCUCCAUCAACUGUAAGUCAGCAGCGAAGUUCAAUCGAGGAAAGACGCCUAGCUCCCAGUUUGGGCACGAGACGCAUAACAAGUUCUCGCUCGUUUACCGACCUCCGGAGUACCUCUCGUCAAAACUCUAUGAAUUCAGGGGACGCUGGAACGCGAGAUCACUUCUUGACUAUUAAGCCAGCAACGGAAUUUCCUCUCGGUGACGCAGAUCCGAGAAAGACGGAGUCUACUCCAAUGGACCUUACACCACGACGCAGGAAUACAGAUGAUGCGGCUGAAAUGAAGACAAGGUCUGCUCAAAAGACAUUUGUUCUCGUUCGUAUUUCCAGUAUGCAUAUUCUCCUCAGUUUCCACAAAGACGGAUCAUUCUUUUGUCGAGACGCACGGAUUCACACACGGGAGUUGCAGUAUCGAAACCAAACAUGGAGUUUUGAGGAGCUUGCGGAACAGUUUAUCCCAAGUGACACUUCGUGGCGAGGUUGGAUGCGAAUGGCUCUUCAUCAACCCCUUGUCCCUGUGCUUCCAGUCGCUCGAGAAUUAUUCUCAAAGACGAAAUGGAUUGCGGCGAAAGGAAGAGCUGCUCGCCAAUCCCGUAAAGAUUCAAAACCAACACCUCCAGACACAUCGAGAUUUGGCGAGCAAUCUAGUGCUUCGGCACCUCGGACUCAACUGCCGGAUUCUCCGAAGAAAGGGAAACUGAGGCGCCCGAGGAAGUCAUCAGAAAAAACUAACAAUGACAUCCACGAAUUAACUUCAAGCUAGCUCACGGUCUGUACACCGACACUAUGCUAGAACACAACUACAUCGUAUCCGCCUACUAAUUGCUUUCUCUAUGCUGUGAAGAUAAACUAUUUCCUGUAAUUUAUAUAGUAUUUACGACGAACAAGUGAAACAAUUUAAC